UGUGCUAAUUAAAAAAAAAAAACCUUAACAACUUUCAAACAAACAACCAAACAAUUUUUUUUAUAAACUUACAUUCAUUGCUGCUUUCCUUUAAACUUAAUAUUGACUUUAAUUAUUUUUUAAAUGUCUUGUUUUUUUAUUAGGAUAUUUGACAACAUUUUUAUCACAUUUUACUUUUCUUGUAUUUUCAUUUUUGUAUUUUUUUUUUAAAUUACAGUCGACUAAUCUGUAAUAGCUAGAUAUAUUUUUCCUUUUAAACCAUUUUGGUCCCGAGGUUAAUCUUGCUUGUAGUUCCAGUCAGUUUGUGUUCCGUGACGGACGAAAAAACAUAGACGGAACUUCCGUCCAGGAUGCUCCUUCGCGGUGUUUACUGUUCUUUUUCUACAAGGGUGGAAAAAGAAGCGGAUAGACGUAUUGGAACUUGAUGUGCCCACCUCUAACAGCACAGUAAAUGUUAAUGGCGAAUAUUAACAAAAACGUGGAGCCAGCAGGUCAAACAGCGACUGGAUGCAGCAGAGGGAGAAAUCUGAGAGAUUUACUCUGAAACAUCAGCCGCAGACUCUCAGCAAGAGUUUUCACGUUUAACGGAAAAUGAGCAACGGAGGAAAAAGUCCCCAUGAUCAGCUGGGCAUGCUGGAUGUUCAGCAGACGGUGUUGAAUAAAGAAGCAGCUCCUAAAGCACUAAGCCCUGGUGUGAGCCAGAUGGACCUGGAGACCCUCAACGUGAAGGAGGAAGAGGAGGAGCCACUUCCUGAUAUGAUGAAGACUUAUGCCACCAGGAUAUCAUGCACUGCAGGUUCUUGUCAGUGUGAGGAGGAAGAAGACAAAUUUCUGUUGUCACAGUUCAAUAAGCACCAGGCUACUGACCGAGAUCUUCCAACCAGCAGCUUUUCUGUCCAGAUCAAAGGAGAAAGUGGUGAAGAGGACUGUGAAGGAGCAGAAAGUACCAGGAAUGCAGAUCUAAAUCCUUAUGAAGAUGAUUCCAACUCUUCUGGGACUGAUUUCAGUGAGAAUAAAGAUGACCAGGAAGAGAACAUAUGUGACUGUCAGCUGAAAUCCUUGUCAGACUCUGAGCCAGAAACUGAAGACAGUCAAAAAGAAUGGAACGAGAGUGGGUCAUCUGAGUCAGAUGUUAAGGCUGUGAACAAAUCUUUAAGCUGCCCUGAGUGUGGUAAACGUAUUUUCCACAAAGGGUCUCUCCAGAAACAUGUGAGAGUGACAAGUUAUUCAGCAAUGAGGUCUUCAAGAUGUUGGGAAAAUAAGAAAGGUGUUGGAGUGGAGCAAAAUGUAGACUCAUGCAGGAAAGUCCAGAAGCAACUAAAAUCAUUUAGUUGUGAUGAUCGUGGAUUUUCUUUUAGCGAUGAAUCAAAACUUAACAGUCAUAUGAGAGUCCACACAGGUCAGAAACCUUUUGCUUGUGAUGUUUGUGGACAAAGAUUUGGCUAUAAGGCACAUUUUAUCAGUCACAUGAGAGUCCACACAGGUCAGAAACCACUUGCUUGCGAUGUUCCUGGACAAACAUUUAGUGAAAACUCAAAUGGACACCUGCAAGUCCACACUAAACAGAAACGUUUUAUGUGUGAUGUUUGUGGACAAAGAUUUAACUGUAAGCCACAUUUGAUUGGUCAUAUUAGAGUCCACACAGGAGAGAAACCUUUUUCUUGUGAGGUCUGUGGACAAACAUUUAACCAGAAGACAGCUUUAAUAAGUCACAUGAGAGUCCACACAGGACAGAAACCUUUUGAAUGUGAGCUUUGUGGAAAAAGAUUUAGCCAAUUGUCAAAUUUAAAUGGACAUAUAAGAGUCCACUCGGGACAUAAACCAUAUUCUUGUAAGCUCUGUGGACAAAAAUUUUUUCAUAAGACACAUUUAAACAGACACGUAAGUGUCCACACAGGACAAAAACCUUUUCCAUGCGAUGUUUGUGGAAAAGAAUUUAACCAAAAGACGAAUUUAAACACUCACAUGAGAGUCCACACAGGACUGAAACCUUUUGUGUGUGAUGUUUGUGGAGACAGGUUCAGGCAUAAGGUCAGUUUAAACACACACAUGAGAGUCCACACAGAAAACAAAACAGAUUUAACUACAAGGGUUCCUACUGGUACAACUUAAUGUUCACAUCUUUGGUGUGUUCUUGCUGUGUUGAAAUUCUAAAUUCCAUCUUUUAGUUCUUUUUAAAACACAGAAAGGUUUUAUUUGCCUGCAACGUUUCGUUUGCGGCUGCAAACUUCGUCAGGCUGACGCUGAUGGUGG